AUGCCUUCACGAUUUAUUCCAACGAUCGCCUCUCAAUCUCUAGGUCGUGCGUGGCACCACAGUUUAGAGCACAAGCUCGAGUUGUGUGCACAGUAUGGAUUCGAAUCGAUAGAACUAUUCCACGAGGAUCUUGAAGCGGUAGCUAAAUCUCUGCCAUCUUCCCACCCAGCAUCUGCCCCUGGCACAUCGUUCCAGAACUCGACAGACGUACAAGAACGGCAGCUAGCCGCGGCAGGUUAUAUUCAUGAGCUUUGCCUACGACACAGCCUGGAUGUGCUAUGCCUACAACCCUUCAUGCACUAUGAAGGUCGCCUCGACGAAAAGUCACACGAUGCCGCAAUCUCCAAAUUGCACUUCUGGAUCAAGUUGGCGAGACGUCUAGACACGGAUCUCAUUCAGAUACCCUCGUCUUUCCUUCCUGCCAGUCAAUGUACCGGAGAUCGCGCUAAGAUCGUGGCCGACCUACAACAGGUUGCAGAUAUCGGUCUCCAGACAAAUCCCCCAACGAGGUUCGCAUACGAAGCAUUGUGCUGGGGAACGCAUGUGGAUACCUGGGACGACGCUUGGUCAAUCGUUCUCGAGGUUGACAGACCGAACUUUGGUACAUGUAUCGACACAUUCAACCUGGCCGGGAGAGUCUUCGCAGACCCAGCCUCGCUAACCGGCCGGAAUGUAAACGCUGAAGCCGAUAUGCAAAGGUCGAUAUCAAAACUACGAUCAGAUCUUCCUAUCGCUCUAGAAAAAGUCUUCUACGUCGAGGUCUGCGAUGGUGAACGACUUGAUACCCCUCUACUGGCUGAUCACGAAUUCUACCACCCUCAACAGCCGACUCGUAUGUCCUGGUCACGAAAUGCAAGAUUGUUUCCCUUCGAGAAGUCGGGUUAUCUACCGGCCUUGGAGAUCCUGGAAGCAGUUUGUGAGAUCGGAUAUACUGGUCACAUCUCGUUUGAACUGUUUUCACGGACAGCAAAUCAACCUGAUCCUGCAGUGCCAGAACAGCAUGCUAGACGCGCACAGAUCGCCUGGGCAAGACUGGCCGAUCAUAUGGGAUGGCGAUCGAAAGCUACGGGCACAGACAUUCGUCGGCCUGAUUCCGGAUUUCAUGAGGCAAAUGCUGGAGCAGACUUUGCAGCGGCACGAUUAUAA